AUGGGAUGUCUUGAUUCAGACGAAGAGCACCCAUUCCAGAAAGCGUUCGACCGUGCUCAACGUGCCCUUCGCUUCCGCUUCACGCGACCAGGUUGGUUCUGGAAGACUCAACGUUGGUUAGGCCUUGGUGUCGAGGGACAGCUUCGACGUGACAUUGAAGUGAUCGAUAAGACUGUACUGGAGAUUGUGGAGAAGGCCCUAGCACAGCGAGCUAACCAUGGGGGUGAAGUGAAGAAUGGAGGUGACAUCGUGUCUCUUUUCCUUGAUCGAGUCAGCAAUACUCCAGGCGCCAAAGAUCGUGAAUUUAAUCCCAACUACUUGCGCAAUAUCGUCGUCAACUUCCUUAUUGCUGGGCGUGACACCACCGCCCAAGCACUUAGCUGGUUCUUCUUUAACAUUUCGAAAAAUCCUCGCGUGGAAGCUUCUAUUCGAAAGGAGAUCGCGGACAAACUACCAACGUAUAAAGUUGAUGGAUUUCCUACCAUGCAGGAUGUGAGUCAGCUCGCGUAUCUCGAAGCUGCACUGAAGGAGACGCUGCGUCUUCAUCCAUCCGUUCCUGUUGAACCCAAGCAAACACUGGAAGACACGACGCUCUCCGAUGGAACUUUUGUUCCCGCUGGUUCAGCAAUUGGUCUAGCAACGUACGCUAUGGCUCGAAUGCCGAAAGUGUGGGGACCAGACGCCGAAGAAUUCAAGCCAGAACGGUGGAUUGACUCAACCUCCGGUAAACUCCUCGCUGUCUCGGCUUACAAGUUUGCGUCGUUUAAUGCUGGUCCUCGUAUGUGCCUUGGUAUGAACUUGGCUAUGCUCGAGAUGAAGUUGGUUAUCGUUGGACUACUGAGUAGGUUUCACAUCGAGGUACUGAACCCGGAGGACGUGACGUACGACUUGUCCCUGACGCUGCCUGUUAAGGGCGCUCUCAACGUCAAAGUCUCUCGCCAUCGCUGGCCUGCGCAUGCUUAAGAACCUCUGCACAUAAGGUAAGUAUCAAGAGUGAUCAAUGUUUGUACUGUGUAUCAAGUAAGUCCUUAGGUGAGUGUGUUAGGUAUCUUACAAUAAUUGAGUUUCGCCAUA